AUGUCAACUUCUCAACUGCACGACGGCCCUCACUUCUUUAAACCGUUGGUUCAAGAGAUCGAACCCGUACACUUUAGCCUACCUAAAGAUGGCACUGUUGCAAUUGCAUACCCUAUCUAUUCGCCAGACCAAGUGCAUAGCACUCUAAUUGAUUACAUGUGGCAUGAAUUCAAUUACGUAAUUGAAGAAGGGUUGACUUACCCACAAGCUGACAAUUUGACUAGGGAUGAAUUUGUACACCACUGGUUCCAUUCCUUCUGUGUAGUGGCAAUCAAAGGUGGUGUAGAUCUACAGAAGGAAAACGAUUGGGACAAAGUGUUUUUAGGUACUUUUUACAUCAAACCCAAUUACAUGGCUCGUUGUUCACAUAACUGCAAUGCAGGUUUCCUUGUUAACCAUUUACAACGAGGCCAAAAGAUCGGAUAUAGAUUAGGCCAAGUUUAUUUGAAAUGGGGGGCCCUAUUGGGUUACAAGUACUCCGUUUUCAAUUUAGUAUUUGUGACUAACGUUGCAAGUUGGAAACUUUGGGACAAAUUCAAAUUUGAUAGAAUUGGUCUUUUACCGAGAGCUGCAAUCCUUAAGGGAUAUGAAGAACCAAUUGAUGCAAUCAUCUACGGUAGAGACUUGACUAAAGUUGAUCCAGAAUUGCUUGAAGGUUUGUCUUAA